UGCGGGAGCCGCCGAUGCCGCUGUGAGAUGGCAUCAUUCUGCGCGGCAGCGGCGGCGGAGCGCGGCGCGGAGGGGUGAGGUGCCGCCGCGGCGGCGAGGAAGCGAAGAAGAAGCAGAGAAAGGUGGAAGGAAGGAGAAGGAGGCGGCAGCAGCUGUGAGGCUGCGAGCACGGCUGAAGCCUAAACCUCUGACAUGGCCACAGCCUCACCAAGAUCUGAUACAAGUCACAACUGUAAUGGAAGAUUACAGAUGCAAGUAACAGUUUCUAGUGCCAAACUGAAACGGAAAAAGAAUUGGUUUGGAACAACUUUCUACACGGAAUUAACCGCAGAUGGAGAAAUUAAGAAAACAGCAAAAUCAAGUAGUUCUUCAAAUCCCAAAUGGGAUGAGCAGCUGACAGUGCAUGUGACUCCACAGACUACGCUGGAAUUUAGAGUGUGGAGCCAUCACACUUUAAAAGCAGAUGCUUUAUUAGGAAGAGCCACUGUAGACUUGAGACAAGCUUUGGAAGUACACAAUAGAAAAUUGGAGAAGGUGAAAGAACAAUUGAAACUCUCUUUGGAAAACAAGAGUGGCAUGGUGCAAACAGGUGAACUGACUGUUGUGCUAGAUGGUUUGGUUGUUGAACAAGAAUCUCUUACAAAUCUCAGUUCAUCAGCAACCAUAGAAGUUCAGCAAAAUGGCGAGGCUGUACAUGAAAACAGAGAUGCUUCAGCAAGAAGUUCAUCCAGAUCUGCUUGUGACAUUUCUAAUGGGAUAGACAAUCAAGUACCUUCCAGCUCUGCAAUACAGAAUACGUUCAGUGUGGAAGCUGUUAAUGGAGACAGCACACCAUCUCCUAAUCAUGUUGCAGCCAGACCCAAAAAUACACCAGUACCAAAACCACUUGAAGCUCAGCCUGUCGACAGCACUGUUAAUGGCGAGUCAUCUGCCUCUGCACCUGAAGCUGGCAGUUCUUCUAUCUCCGAGGCUCCGACGGGUUCAGAUGAAGCUCCUGUGUCUUCAGCAGAUUGCACUAAUGAUACAGCAGAACCUCAGUCAGCAACAGAAGCAACUAGUUGUUCUGAAAGCCACACUUCUGCAUUACCUGUUGUGUCUGCUGGAGUAGAAGCUGCAGCUGCCCCAGAGUGUGCUCAGCCUAGUGCUCGGAGCAGCGCAGCAGCAGAUGCGGCAAAGCCGAGGGAAUCCUCCUCCACGCCAAGUGCGUCUGCAGAACCUGUGAGACAGCAGCCUGGUAGUGCCAGUACAGAACCUUUGCCACCUGGGUGGGAGCAAAGAAAGGAUCCUCAUGGUAGAACCUAUUAUGUUGAUCACAACACACGAACUACAACAUGGGAAAGACCACAGCCCUUACCUCCUGGCUGGGAAAGGAGAGUUGAUGAUCGUGGGAGAGUUUACUAUGUGGACCACAACACCAGAACGACAACGUGGCAGCGACCAACAAUGGAGUCAGUGAGGAACUUUGAGCAAUGGCAGUCGCAACGGAAUCAACUGCAGGGAGCUAUGCAACAAUUCAACCAACGAUACCUCUAUUCGGCUUCAAUGUUGUCAGCAGAAAAUGAUCCACUUGGGCCUUUACCACCAGGCUGGGAAAGAAGAGUGGAUUCAAAUGAUAGGGUUUAUUUUGUAAAUCAUAACACAAAGACAACACAGUGGGAGGAUCCUCGAACUCAAGGUUUACAAAAUGAGGACCCUCUUCCAGAGGGCUGGGAGAUCAGAUAUACCAGAGAAGGUGUCAGAUACUUUGUUGAUCACAAUACGAGAACCACCACCUUCAAUGAUCCUCGUACUGGGAAAUCUUCUGUAAAUAAAGGGCCACAGAUUGCUUAUGAGCGUAGCUUUAGGUGGAAACUUGCUCAUUUCCGUUACUUGUGUCAGUCCAAUGCACUGCCAAGUCAUGUGAAAAUCAAUGUGUCCAGACAGACUUUGUUUGAGGAUUCCUUCCAGCAAAUUAUGGCAUUAAAGCCCUAUGAUUUGAGGAGAAGAUUAUAUGUUAUAUUUAGAGGAGAAGAAGGAUUGGAUUACGGUGGCUUGGCAAGAGAAUGGUUUUUCUUGCUUUCCCAUGAAGUACUGAACCCUAUGUACUGCCUAUUUGAAUAUGCUGGCAAGAGCAACUAUUGCCUGCAGAUAAAUCCAGCAUCAACAAUCAAUCCUGACCAUCUUUCAUAUUUCUGUUUCAUUGGGCGCUUUAUUGCCAUGGCUUUGUUUCAUGGGAAAUUUAUUGACACUGGGUUUUCUCUGCCUUUCUACAAACGAAUGCUGAGCAAAAAGCUUACUAUUAAAGACCUGGAAUCUAUUGAUACUGAAUUUUACAACUCCCUAAUAUGGAUAAGGGAUAAUAAUAUUGAGGAGUGUAACUUGGAAAUGUACUUCUGUGUGGAUAUGGAGCUCUUAGGGAAAGUAACCUCACAUGAGCUGAAAUCAGGAGGUUCAAAUAUCUUGGUAACUGAGGAGAACAAAGAAGAAUAUAUUGGGCUAAUGGCAGAGUGGCGAUUUUCUCGGGGAGUUAGAGAACAAACCAAAGCUUUUCUUGAUGGUUUUAAUGAAGUAGUUCCUCUACAAUGGCUACAUUAUUUUGAUGAAAAAGAACUGGAGGUUAUGCUCUGUGGUAUGCAAGAAGUAGAUUUAGCAGACUGGCAGAGGAACACUGUUUAUCGUCAUUACACGAGGAAUAGCAAGCAGAUCAUAUGGUUCUGGCAGUUUGUAAAAGAAACAGACAACGAGGUUCGCAUGCGACUUCUGCAGUUUGUCACUGGCACUUGCAGAUUACCACUGGGUGGAUUUGCUGAACUUAUGGGAAGUAAUGGUCCUCAGAAAUUCUGCAUUGAAAAAGUUGGUAAGGAAACCUGGUUACCAAGAAGUCACACUUGUUUUAAUCGUUUGGAUUUGCCACCAUAUAAAAGCUAUGAACAACUAAAAGAGAAGUUGCUCUUUGCCAUUGAAGAAACAGAGGGAUUUGGACAAGAGUAGAAGUGACUUCUAGUCAAAAAGGAUAUCUUGAAUAAUAAAAGGCCCAGCCAACUAAAAUUGCACACCUUAUUGUAUAUAAGCUUUUUGUUCUGUACAGUGAUCUUUCUGGAACUCUAAAAGUUUAAUUGUUCUCUGUUCUUCCACAAAUAUAUGCAAAACAGUUCAGCCUUUUCUACUUUUAUUUAUUGCCCUUUCAAAAGACCAGAAAAACCCCUCCAUAAAUUUUGAAAGCAGACAAGAGACUUAUUUAAAUAUAUAUAUAUAAAAAUAUAAAUAUAUAUACUAAUGGGCUCUAGUUUUAUAGAGCUUUAAGUGUAUGAAAAGUUGCAGCCAUUUAAAAGGGCCUGGAUUUGCUUUAUCUUGGCUUUAUCAUUCAGAAAAAUGUUUAAACUGCUCAGUGUUCUCUAAAGAAACAUCUCUAAGUUUGUUUCACUGCAUGGCUGUUCUAAAAGGUGUUAAAGGCUUAGGCCAAAUGUAUCCUAAAUAUGUAGAAAGAUGCUGCUGGUAUUUGAGACGACAGAAUCUGUUUUUCUGUCAGUUUAAUUUUUUAAAUACAUAAAUAGCUGAUAUAUCCCUCUCUACUGAUGUAGCCAAGGUCAUGAAUAAAGCCUUUACUACUUGCACAAGAGUCAUGUACAAUGAGAUGAAUGUGAUUUAAUGUUGAAAGGAAUUGGUGCCACUCUUCUGACUUACUGCAGGAGCUGAACAGAGUAUUUUAAUUCAUUUGAGCAGCAUUGAAAUUUGUUUACAUAGUACCUUGGGUUAUUACCACGAGGAUGUUAGGUAAUCUUCAAAGAAAAAAUAAUAAAAGAGAAAAUACUACCCAUUCUCUUCUUGGUCUGGUGUCUUGCAGGCUUUUUUUUUUUAAAUUUGGUUUUGUUUUGUUUGGUUUCCCUUUCCAAUCUGUGAUGUCCUUUUUAUAACUUUGUAGAGUUAUGUUAAUGUUAACUGAGCUAUAAGGGUAUACAAAAGGAAAUGUGAAUUUUGCUGCUUCGAUGUUCUUGUUCAGUUUCAGAUACUGGAUUUAGUAAACUCAAAUAAAAUGAAAGUUACUUAAGCUUUGCA